GCACCUCCAUAGAGUUUAGGAAAUGAUUACCAUAGACAAACUAUUUGUGAUUAUAAUAAUAUAACCUAUGUUUACUAAUUUAUCAAAUUAAUUGAAAGAAAAAAAAUAAAAUGGUAGAAACAAUAGCAACAGAAUUCAAAAAUUUCGUUUCAUCACAAGAAGCUAUGAUAUCAGUUUACGUAUACCUUGAGAUAAGUGAAGUGAAAAAGUACUAUGAUGUUGAAUACAAGUAUAACAAUGAUCUAAAGAAAAUCGUAAUUACAGGGAAAAAAAAUAAAAAUGAUAGUUUUGCAGCUUUUGUCCCCGUAAGAGUUUUUGAAAAGCUUAAUUACCUGAAAUUACAAAAGUUCAUAAAUGCUAACACAGAUCAAAUAGUAUAUAUAGCUAUAGUUCAUGCAGAUUCUACUUGUGUUUAUUAUCAAAUAACAGAUGGACUAUUAGAACAUAACGAUACAUCUUCCAAGCAAUUGAAGGAAAAUAAAAGGGAAAAAUUAGAUAGUGAAUUAAGAAAGUAUAAGAGUAUAAUAGAGGAGGCAGCUUUACAAUCACGUCUGGUUACUAUAAGUAGAAACUAG